AUGACUAAUCGCCAACUACCGAGUGAUUGGCCCCGAUUCUGGAACUCCGAGAUCAAAGGUAUGUCCGGUUUGGUGCGCGUCAGUGGACAGGCAUACGAGUUCAUGGGUAGCCCUAGUCGUGAUAUCAACGGCACUACACCACAGGCCAAACAGGUGUCCCUUAGGGUAACACCUACUCAGUCGGUAUUCAUGUUCAAUGCCGGCCCCAUCGCACUGGAAGUCAAAUUUUUCACGCCUAUAGACCCGACAGACUUGAAACGACUGUCCCUUCCGGCCUUGUAUAUAGCGCUGAGGGUGUGGUCACUGACGGACACCUCCCACGAGGUUCAGGUAUAUCUGGAUAUGACUGGGGAAUGGACUUCAGGUAACAGUAGCGAAGUGGUCGAGUGGGACAUACAUGAAGUGACUGGUGGUGUGUCGAUAAUUAACGGCGAUAUGCGGCUCAGGGAUCAACAGGUGUUUCAGGAAAAUAAAGAGUCAGCCCAAUGGGGGACCGUAAAGUUUUUUACUCAAGCUACCGGUGUGACUUACGAAGCCAACUCUUGCGCGUCGAUGCGCUCAAAGUUUGCCAAAACGGGUCGACUCGACAACACCGUCGACAGGAAUUACCGCAAAAUCAACGAUAACUGGCCGGGCAUUGGGUUCGCGCAUACCGAAACUGCCAGUCCCCUCAUGAAGGGUACACCUAUUUCUCGCUACUACGGUGUGGCACACGUUAGACGACCGGCCAUUGAAUACACGGACUCCCAAUUGAACCAACUCUGGGAGUCAUAUUUCGACGGAAAUGACAAACAGAUGAUACAAUUCAUAUACGAGGACAGGGAGGCUGCCCUCAAGCGGGCUAACGCAUUAGAUACCCGGGUUAUAGCCGACGCUCAUAAGGUGGGAGGGGACAGUUAUGUUAAAAUAGUGUCGGCAGCUCUCAGACAGGCGUACGGGGGUAUAGAGCUGGUGGGCACUCGUGACAAGCCGUGGCUAAUGUUGAAAGAGAUCUCAUCCGAUGGUAACUGUCAGACAGUGGACGUGAUUUACCCCCACUUUCCCGUCCAGUUAUACCUGAAUCCCGUACUUUUGCGAUACCUGUUGGACCCCCUGCUCGACAACCAGGAACGGGGGUACUUCCCGUACAAGUACCGCAUACACGACUUGGGCACUCACUAUCCCCGGUGUAUUGGGCACAGGGAUGGCAAACAAGAGGACAUGGAGGUGGAGGAGAGCGCCAAUAUGGUGAUCAUGAUGUCGGCCUACGUUAAGGCCACUAACGAUACAGAGUUUGCCGAAAAGCACUACAAUAUAUCUAAACAAUGGACACAGUAUUUGGUGGAUCACGGGUUGAUCACAGGCACCGCCCUAACCACUGAUGACUUUUUGGGCAAAAUCGUGAACUCGACGAACCUUUCGGCGAAAGCUAUUAUAGGCAUCGGAGCUAUGGCUCAGUUAUCGGAUGCGGUGGACAAUCGUGAGGACCGACAGAAAUACAGACAAAUCGCCGAAAAAUACGUUACCGAAUGGAUUCGUAUGGCUGAAGACCCCUCUCAGAAACACCUGAAACUCAGCUAUAACUCACCCGACACGUGGUUUAUGGUCUAUAACCUGUACGCCGACGUACUUUUAGGGACAAAAUUAAUUCGGGAAUCGAUAUAUAAGCAACAGGAUGAAUGGUACCUACAGGUGCUCAAUAAAUACGGACUACCCUUACGAAGUGGUGAUACUAUAACUAAGUUUGACUAG